GCCAUGCUGGGCGCCAUGCUGCAUACACUGCUGCUGCUGCUGGCCGAGCUGGGGGCCUUGCUGGCAUCAGGACCCGAUUCUCAAAGUUCAUUUCUAGAAAUCAUAUUUCCAGAGAAAAUUGAAGAUAAAACAAACUCAGAAGAACAGAUAUCCUAUGUUAUUCCAAUAAACAAGAAGAAGUACACUGUGCACCUCCAGAAAAGAUAUUUUUUAACAAAUCGUUUUAUGGUUUAUAUGUAUAAUCAAGGAUCUACGAGUUUUCAUUCUUCAAACAUUCCGGCUCAGUGCUAUUAUCAAGGAUACAUCAAAGGCUAUCCGGGCUCUGUCGCCACCCUCAGCACGUGCUCUGGACUGAGAGGGUUCUUGCAGUUUGAGAAUGUGUCCUACGGAAUCGAGCCCCUGGAGUCCGCAGCGACAUCUCAGCACAUUGUUUAUGAGCUAGGGAAGGGAGAGAAGGAAUUACUGCUUAACAAAAACAGCAGGAACCUAGAGAUGCCAACGAACUACGGCAUUUUAAUCAACAAAAAGCCAAAAUCACCUUCAAAACACUUGCUUUCCCUCUAUCUAGAGAUGACUAUUGUGGUGGACAAGGCUUUGUAUGAUUACUUGGGCUCUGACAGCAUGAUUGUAACUAAUAAAGUCAUUGAAAUCAUCAGCCUUGUAAAUUCGGUGUUUGAACAAUUCAAGGUUACUAUUGUGUUGUCCUCAUUGGAGUUAUGGUCAGAUAAAAAUAAGAUUCCAACAGUUGGUGAAGCAGACGAAUUAUUGCGUAGAUUUUCAGAAUGGAAGCAAUCUUAUCUCACCCUAAGACCUCAUGAUGUUGCGUAUCUAUUCAUUUAUAACGAGCAGCCAAAUUACAUGGGAGCGACAUACCCUGGGAAGAUGUGUACUGCCCCCUACUCUGCAGGAAUCACAAUGUAUCCCAAGGACAUGACCUUGGAGGCCUUUUCGGUCAUCCUCACCCAGAUGCUGGGGCUCAGUCUGGGAAUAUCAUAUGACAAUCCGGAGAAAUGUCACUGCUUGGAAAAAGUCUGCAUCAUGAAUCCCAGGGCAAUGCAAUAUACAGGUGUGAAAACAUUUAGCAACUGCAGUUCGAAUGACUUUGAACGUUUUAAAUUGAACGAGGGUGCCAAAUGUCUGCAGAAUAAGCCAGAGAUGCAAAGGAGUCCAAGAGCAGUCUGUGGAAAUGGCAAAGUGGAAGGUGACGAAAUUUGUGACUGUGGCAGUGUACAACAAUGUGGGGCUAACAGCUGUUGUGAGCCUAAAUCUUGUGUUCUGAAGCAUGGAAAAGCCUGUGACAGUAUGUCUCCCUCAGCAACAUGCUGCAAAGAUUGUCAAUUUUUACCAGAUAAACAUGAAUGUAGGCCCAGCAGCAGUAUGUACUGUGACGUUUCUGAAGUCUGCAAUGGGAGCUCAGGACAAUGUCCACCUGAUAUAAUUUUAUCCAACGGGAAUAUUUGUGGAGAAGGUGGGGCUAUCUGUUAUGAUGGAAACUGCCCCAACCUGGACAGAGCAUGCGAGGCUAUGUAUGGACUAGGUUCAACCAAUGCUCCAUUUGCCUGCUAUGAAGAAAUCCAGGGCCAAAAUGAUAGGUUUGGCAACUGUGGCAAAGACCAGCAAAACAGAUACAUAUUCUGUGGAUGGAGGAAUCUCAUAUGUGGGAGAUUAGUUUGUACGUACCCUAGCAAACUUCCUUUCAUCCCACCCAACAGCAGCACCGCUUCCGUGAUCUAUGCUUUUGUGAGAGACAAAGUUUGUAUAUCUGUGGACUUUGGAUCAAGCGUCAAGGAAGAUCCACUCAGGGUUCUUAAUGGUGCUGUAUGUGAUCUUGAUAGGAUUUGCUUAAAUGGCGUGUGCGUGGAAUCGAGAUUUCUUAAGGCUCAAUCAAUAUCGUGUUCAGAAGCCAAGUGCAACGGGCAUGGAGUGUGCACUUCCCGCGGUGGCUGCCAUUGUUCUGAGGGCUUUCAACCUCCCACCUGUACAUCUAAGGAAGGAUACUCAUCUUGGUCUGGCAGGCAAGGUCUGCCCAUGGAAGGAGCUUCUAGGAACCGUGAGAAGAAGUGGCUCUUAAGUUUGUACAUUGUCUUAAUUAUCCUCACGAUAGCAGUCGUCCUAGGCACAGGGUGGAAAGGCUUGAAAAAGUAUCGCUUCAAGGAGGAGGAAUCCGUGAGCAGCGAAAGCAAAUCAGAAGACAACACUCAAACGUACAACAGCAGAUCAAAAUCCGAGGCAAGCAGUGGAUCACCUACGAGCAGUUAACUGCUACCCCUUCAGGAGGAGGAGAAUGGCACCCAGGGGCUCACUGAGAAAUGAAGAGUCCACGGUCUUCCCUUGGUCACAGCUAAAGGAGCUAAUAAACUGAAAGUGGACCAA